GCCACCCCCCCCCCCCCCCCGCCAAAGCUCAGUGGGGGAACAGUGCUGUGAUUGAUUAGUGAUGCCUGCAGAGAGAGUGGAGGGGGUGGGGGCGAUGGGGAGGUAAGCCAGCCAUUUGCAGCUCCUGACCUUGUCUAAGUCUCUUGUAUCUUACGUGCUUAGACUGUUAUGAUUGUCCCCACCCUACAAGUGAAGAAACCAAGGCCCAGAGAUUCCCCUCUUGUCUGUGGGUCAGGCCGUGCUUCCGAGGUUCUGCAUCAGCCACAGCACCCAGGGCUCAGCACCUAGCACCCAACGGGCUCUCAGUUAACCUGCUUCACCUCUCCUAUCAGGUCUCUCUGUGGGUGACCCUGGACUACCCUAUUGACCUCUCUGGGCAUUAACCUCACAGAGCCGUCAGGAGGACCAGGCUGAUGCUGUUAUGAAAGGGGUCCGGAUCCAGCUCUGGGUCCUUUACACGUGUUCAGAAUCCACCCCCCCCCCGGCCCCCGCCAACUUGGGGGGGAGGCAGCCACUCACCUGCCGUGUGACUUCAGGCAAGAGAUGCCCCUCCGUGGGUCUCCACCUCCUCGUGGGUGAAGUGAGGAUGCAGGGCUGGGUGCUCUCCGAGGGCCUUUCCCGUGUGACCCCAGCCGGCCUGGGGACCCUGAGUCAAAGCAAGGUCCCAGUGCGGGCUACCAGCCUGACCCCUCCUGGACGGACUCAGCGAUUCUAAUGACCCCCAGGUGCUCACUGACCUCUGCGUUCUAUACCACUUGGUUCCUCCAAAACCCUGCUCGGCGGGUAUCGUUCUGAUCCCACAGUAGGAAAAGUGGAGGCCCAGAGAGGUGCAGUGCCUUGCCCGAGGCCACACAACCCGGAGAAGACAGAGACGGGACUCAAACCCAGGCUCGACUCCAUCCAGUGCUCCUUCCUUCCCAUAGCCCACCUGGGGGCCCAGCAUCGUGAGGGCAGAAUCCCUUCUGCUCCCUUCCCGUCUCCCUAGCCUCUGUGUUCUAUUCUUGCCAGGCAGAAGAAGGCGGCAGGUAGAACGGGGGAAGAGUUGGAGACGGGCACGGGGAGGUUUUCUCCUGGACAGUGUUCAGCUAGGCUCGGGCUUGGCGUUCGCUUCGGACACUGACAAGCCGGGUCGUGGUGUCAGACCACCCACCCACGUCUCACCAGCGCCUGCUCCCUGCCGGGCCCGGGGCUGGUGGCCUCGGCACCCAGAACUGCUCCGGCCCCGUUUCUGCCGCAGAGCUCCCUGUCAGGUGGGGAGACAACGAGGAAAUAGACGAUCACAAGAUGGGGGGGGAUGUGCGAGGGUGGGCGGCACCCGUGACGUUCUUACGGAUCAGGGAGGGCUUCCUGGAGGAGGAGUUGUCUGGGCCCAGGGCAGAAGGAUGAGUGGGAGUCUGCCAGAUAAAGUCAGGGGGAGACGUGUCACGGGGCGUGGGGUUGCCCAGGGGCCAUACGGUGUGGGAGGGAGGAAGUGAAAGAAACUCUGACUGAGCUGCCAGAUGGGGGCGGGCAGUGAUGGCAGACGGGCCUCAGGUGCCGCGCAGGUGGGCCUGGACCCUGUUCAGGGCUAGUAAGGGGCCAUGGAAGGUUUUCAUCUGGGUGGUGACGUGGUCACAGUCACCGGUGGAAAGAACGUCCAGUUGCUGUGAAGAGGAUGAGCGGAGGCCAGCAGAGAAGCAUUCUAGGCCCUUCCCAGUGUUUGGCAUACCGUAGAUGCUCGAUAAAUAGUUGCCGAAGGAACACGGAGGUUUCAGGCCUAUGGAGGAUACACUGAAGGCCCCUGGGCCCCUCCUCAGUUGAGGUCUGACUGCCCUGCCUGACCAGGGUGGUGCUGAAUUCGUGCUUGCGGCUGCCGGGCAGAGGAAGCUUCUCCAAGACAAACUUUGGUCUCAGCCCAGAGGGCACCUUCUGCAAACAUGUCUGUGGACCCCUUAUCCAGCAAAGCCCUGAAGAUCAAGCGUGAGCUGAGCGAGAACACGCCGCACCUGUCAGACGAGGCCCUGAUGGGGCUGUCGGUGCGCGAGCUGAACCGGCACCUGCGCGGGCUCUCGGCCGAGGAGGUGACGCGGCUCAAGCAGCGACGUCGCACGCUCAAGAACCGCGGCUACGCGGCCAGCUGCCGCGUGAAGCGCGUGUGCCAGAAGGAGGAGCUGCAGAAGCAGAAGUCGGAGCUGGAGCGCGAGGUGGACAAGCUGGCGCGCGAGAACGCGGCCAUGCGCCUGGAGCUCGACGCGCUGCGCGGCAAGUGCGAGGCGCUGCAGGGCUUCGCGCGCUCGGUGGCCGCCACCCGCGGCCCGGCCGCGCUCGUGGCGCCAGCCAGCGUCAUCACCAUCGUCAAGUCGGCCCCCGGCCCGGGCCCCGCCCCCGCCCCCGCCCCCGGCCCCGCCCCCGCCGCCUGCUCCUAGUGCCCGCCCCGCCCGGCCACGCCCGUUCCAGGCCACGCCCCUCCGACCCCCGCUUCCUUCCCAAAGUGCCUAAGCGUGGUCUCUGUCCCUUGGUGCCAUUUCUCUGCAGCCACCAGCUCUUGUGGUGAACACAUGUUCCCUCCCGAGCCUGCUGUCUUCCUCGUUGUAGCCCCUAUAACCGGGACCCAAUAGGUGGCCCUGGGGUGGGGCACCUUUGGUGAGAAUGGUAGGGUGGGGUUGGCGCCUGGGGUCUCUUUUGGCGGAGAGAGUCCUGCCUUCUUGGACUGGGAGGAUGGAAUACAGAGCAGAUUAGAGAAGGGCUGUCGGGGAGAAGAGGGCCACCCCUCAUUGUGUAAACUGUUUGCUCAGAUCGUGCCACAGCCCCGCCUCCCCCCAGGAUUUAGGAAUAUGUCCUCUCCCGGGGCUGAGAAGGGAAGGUCAGUUAACAGAUGGGGACACCGUCCUCCAGCAGACAUGCCAGUGCCCAAGGCCAUCUGUGCUUAGUGGUUGAGCUGGAAAAGCUAGGCUUUCUUACUGCUGCCCCGAGAUUCCAGCCAGGGGAUCCCGCCGGGGGUUGGCAGGGGGCUUGUGGACACGGCCUGGAAAGGGUGAUGGAAGGGCCUCCCUGACCCGGGAGCCGCCUCUGUGAGUUAGGGGAAGAGAAGUAGAAGGCCAGAGAAGGUGAUACAGAUGGAAGAGAUGGAAGGAGCUGGCCAGCCAAAGAGAAAGGGGACCAAGGAGGUGACCACCCACUGUGGCAGGUGGGAAGACAGAUGCUCAAGUCCUGCAGCCAGGGGAGGGGGUCCUGAGAAGGGAAGGGUCCCACCCCUCCCCCUGGGAAUGUCCACCGUGGCUUAGGGGCUGGCCACUGUCGUUGAUUGCCAUUCUCCUGGGAAGCCCAGCCCCAGCCCCAACCCUCCCUGCGCCUCCCUCUCCCCCCCCCCCGCCCCGCCCCGCCCCACAAUACGGUUGUCCCUCCCCGCUGUUUAUUUAUUGCACGAAUCUAAGUUAUUCUCCCCAGCCAGAAACCUAGCGCCCACUCCCUGGGAAAAGCGGUGUGUGGCCCUGCGCUGGACUUUAUAUUUUAUAUCUGCAAAUAAAUCACAUUUUAUCUUAUAUUUAGGGAGAGCCGGAUGGCAACGACCAAAAAAUGUUAAAAAAAAAAAAACGCAAAAAAUUCGCCCGGCCCCUAGAAUUUAUUUAUUUUCUGACUUACAGUAAGCGACUUAUCCGCCUUCUGUAUUUUGUAGACUUUCUGAAUAAAGUCGAGUUCUCUUUUUCCACGGA